ACAGGAGGGAGUUUCAGAUGGAUUUGAAAUUCUGUCGAAGACUCUGACAAAUGACAAAUAUCCCUGGUUUUUUCUUCUUAAAGGUCCCAUAAAAUUUCAAAUCUUACCGAAUAUCAUCUUUUGAAGGAGGGAAGGGAAACACUGCAAGCAAAUAAAAUAAUAAACAAAUCAAACAUUGCCACAAGACGUCAUAUUUUUUUCUGCCCGUAAGAAAGAAAAGGCUUUAACUUUUAUUGUAGCUUUUCAAAGAAAAAACAGAAAUAGGUUUCAGAUUUUUGGAUAGAGUUUCAUACAAACUUUUAUGAUACUCUUAUGUACGCCUGUUAGAAAACCUGUCACAUUAAACAAAAUUAAAUAUCAACUUCUGCAGAAAAAUUGACCGAAAACAGAAACAAUUUCAUCUUUGUUUCAAAACCUUUUUAGACCACCUUUUCGCAAUUCAAUCUCUCUGGUGAGCUUUUAAGCCUUCCUGCCCCUCCCCAAAAUAAAAUCUACGUUUUUCCAUCCCUGAUUUCCCUUCGAAUUGGUAGGUGUUGGCACGUCCCUUUCGAGCGCAAAAAGAACUGGAGUACUAAAAGAAAAGUCUAUUUUCAUAUGUCAUAUGGUUCAAAGAAAGGCAGUGCAUUCAAAUUCAGCAAAUUUAGCUACAGCGUUCCUGCUGUCUGUAGAAUAGGGCAGAGAUGAACACACUGAUGAACAAGGGACGGAGAAAGAAGCGCGAAAGGAAGGCAGAAGGUGGAACGCGGGCCGGGAGAGACGGAAAUCACUUAACUCAGUUUUGAUUUUAGAGACAUAGUCAGGUGACCUAAAUCGUUCUUGUUUGCCGUAAAAAUAAUUGAUCUGCCACGAACUUUCUAUAUGAACACACGGUCUAUCUGUCUCGGUCGUUAAAGAUUAUCCCUUGUUGAUUCCCGUAGACAACCCUUAGACAAGAACUUCCCUUUAUUACAAACGCCUUGUUUUAUUAUUCGCCAGCAUUUUGUUUUUAAUAAACUCAGAACCUCCUAACUUCGCGAUCGAUAACUGAAGAUUUCUUCCAAGGGAAAAAGCCAAUCGGAUUCUUUCUGUGUCUCCACGUGACAUCUUGUGCGUUUUUGCGCAAAUUUCGACGGAAAUUUAUUUUUAUCACCAGAACUGACGUGAUUCACUUCAAUAUUUAUUGGACUUUUGUUUAAAAAAAAUCAAAACUCGACCCUAAAACGACGUCAGAUCAAAAGGAACGAAAUAUCCUUAUAAUGAAGUUAGAUUCUCACUUAUAAAAUCUACUGCUUAAGUUUUGGUUCACGGAACAACAGCACAAAAUGUCCCACCACUGACAUGACUGCAGUGUGGAGUUGGUCUCUUUGACUAACUGACGGUGACCUGCUGAAAACCAAUAAGAAUCAUGGAGCUUGGUCAAACAUCACAACCUUGAUGACUAAUUCGUCCGUGCUGGCUCCAGCUGGGCAGCAAUGGCGCCAACUUAGCAAACGACCUUUUUAAACAACUGAACAGUGCGCAAUGGGAAAAGUCUCUGCCACCUGCUUUGCGUUUGUAAUAACGCUAAACACCUUAUUAACACUGAGUCGUGGACGUGACCUUUAUAACGACAACCAUGAAAUAUAUGCAACAAAGUUGAAAAAAGGUUGGGAAGUGUCACCUCUAAGGAAAAGAUUUUUGGGAGUUCAUCUGCACUCACAGCAACCUGCACUGAAAAAGUGGACAAUCAGUCCGGAAGAUCGGACUAAAGAACAACGACAAAUUCAUAAUCAAGCUUCUUUUAGUUCAAAUUAUAGAGGUUUUAAAAUGAUUCAAAAUAACUUCAGGAGAGACCAGAGCAUAGGUAGUUCACUAACGGGAAAGCAUCACUUUAGCUUCGUUGACCGAAAGCCGAGACCCCGUAACUCGCUUCAUAACCAGGAAAUCGAACGUUUUAAGAAAGUGCUUCGAAAACGCAUUAAAGUGAAGCCACGUCAAGACAUUGAAUUCCUCGAGGAAAAUCAAGGUACAGGUGCCAAACAAGAUGAUUUUGAAAGCCCUCGUUACCAGGAGGUCACUGCAACUGACAAUUCGGACAACGAAGAUCAAAACGGUUUCAGCAACAAUUACGUAACCGUCAUCGACAACAUUGAUGGGAAAGACACAGAUUCGUACAACACCCUCAGUAGUGAUGAAGCCAAAAACGAGUACACCAGUGUGGAAAAUAGUAUAAGCGAAGGUGCAAACGAAGAAUCUCAGUUGCUGGGUAAAGAAGUGAACGAUGUUCUUGGUGCACUGACCAGGUCGGAUUCCACAAUAAACCAGGUUACAGAAGCUAAGUUACCUCAAGCACAAGGUGGGUUACCCUUUAAGCAAUCUCCAUCGCCGUACAACGAUAAAGAGGACGACGUUGACGUCGUGGACGAAGGAAGGAAAGACGGUAAAUAUAACGAUCAAAACGGUCCUCCUGGAGAUAUCACCGUCAUUGAAGACAACGAAGAAGUCGGUCCAAAUGAAGAUACACGUCCUGUUCUUAGUAAGCCUAUAUGGGACGCCAUCCAACAAGCUGAGAAAAACUUCUCUCGUCAGCAGCAAAUGGUCCAGAGCACUGCCGUUGCACAAAGUGGAAAACCUGAAAACAAAACUAAAGCACCAACAUAUUUGCACUUCCCAGAACGUCUACCAGGGACCAAAAACGUUGCCAAUCCUGGCCAUACUCUGAGUGAUCUAGAAAACACGCUCAAAAUUUUUGCUGGUGCAAAUACUCAAUCAGAUUACAAUAACACGACGAAGGAACCUGAGCAUAUUAAUAGUAAGGGUGAUGGAAAGAAACUGUUUCUGACCGGUAGCGCCGAGGAGGGACUAAACGGAGAACCAGUUGAAAGUAAUCAACCGUCGAUUCAAUCCUCCUCACCUGCCCAUCUCGACCACCUUGAAAAUGGAAACAUUUCCAAUGCCAAAUUGUACUUGAACAAUCAGAAUGGCGUGUUUACAUCUAAAACAACAAGUAACAGUUCCUUUUCUCACAACAGUCCAAGUAACAAGACCACGUUUGAAACAUAUCAAGGCAAUAGCAACGACUUGAAUCUAAAGCCAUGGAAGAUAGAUACUGCGACGAGUAAAGACAAUCAGAGCGAUGAGGGAGACCAGAAUAGAGUCCCAUUCCGGCCUAUAUCAAAUGUCCCAUUAAAAGGGGGUGGAAUGGCAGUAAAUAGCGAUAGUGUCCAGCCUGGAAGGGUAGAAUUAGAAAGGCCAACUAAUGAGUUUGUCGACGGUGAAAUCGCUCCAAGUGAUCCCGAAGCUGGAAAAGAUGACCAGUCUAACAUGAGUAGCUUGAGCCCAAAUUCGUCCAACUUCCCCACUCAAAGAGCUCCUCAAGGCGCAACUGUCAAACAAGAUGUAACGAUAGUCAACACAGCAGAGGUGCGUCUGGAACCAUCUGGAAAGGUCAGUGACAGAAAUAAAACGCUUUUGGUCCAGGAAGGCUCUGCCGCUCAAGGGGCGCCACAUGCUGAAUCAGAAUAUACAUCCGGAUCUCAAUCGAAGGUACGGCUGGCCCAGGAAAAUAGCGCAAACCAAUUUAGCGGCUUUCAGCUAAAGCAGAGUAGUUCGACGUUUCCAGGAGAAUUGGGUGUCAAGGAUGCUUCUCUCUAUCAGAUACGAAAUCCCACAGCUCAAAAUCACAAUACGAAAAUUCGAAUGCAUUACGAUAAUAGGCGACCUGAUCAUGCUAAACCUGCGUAUAUCGCUGGUCAAGUCAACGAGCAGAAUAAAGAGCAUGUUAAAGGCGUCAACUAUGUGUCUCAACUAGGUGUCCCUUUGCGAGGGGUAAAGGCAGAAAACAUUUCUUUGGACAGCUGGUCUGAAGAAUAUCAAAGUCUGAUGGGAAAGCUUAGAGAUCUAUAUGGGCAGGCACACGACAGCACCUCCCUAGGACAAAGUGCUGGCUACAGAAACAGGCCCGCAUUUAACGAUACCCAGCAGAUGAUGAAAGAAGUCUCUAGGUUUCAUACGUUGUUUGCUGACCGAGACAACAAUCUAAAGGGUAUUGGUGGCAAUGGAAUGUUUCUUAAGGACCUAAAAAGUGACGUAAAACCAGGGAAUUGGGCAAACACAGGACGCAUGAACACAGACUACCUCCCCGACAAGGAUCACGCAAACGACAGAAGUAUUUCUAGUGGGAAGAUUUCUGCUGUGCGUUUCGGGAACAGUAGAGAAGAAUUAGGUCAAAUUAGAAGUAUACUUUUGGGAAACCUAACUGCAUUUAGGGCUUCGAACUUAAGCAAUUUGCAAAAAGAAAUGACUAACAUGGAUGAUCAUGAUAAUAUACCUCCUGAGGAUGAUAACAAAAAUGUAAGUUUUGUAAACCAAAGACUGGCUUCUCGACUUCGGAGUAGCGAUUCUGUACAACUCGGAGACACUUCAGAUUUAUUAUCUUCUAACAGUGGUGGCCUAUCAUCUCAUCAAGUGCUAAUGAGCUACUUUGGGAACGAAACCGAUCUUCGCAAACGGCUGCAUUCCGAUAAUAAUGACAGUCAAAAUGAGUUGCAAGAUGCUCGCGCUGUCCUAAAAGGUGAGGCAAUUCAACUUGACAACAAAACAAACACAGCUAUAGAAGCUGACCGGAUCAAGACGGCGCAAUUCAAUUCGAUUCAUCUCGCACUGGUUGAUGCAAACCAAACCAAUUCUGGCCUUCCAAAACAGAGGGGAAAUGUUUCUAAAGAUGAAAGAGAAGAGUCAGUCACUAAAUACUUGCAGGAUUUUAUUUCAAUGGUAAGUUCUGACACUGCUUCGCCAUCUGAUGUACUAAACGGAACCAUAGUAAAUUCAUCAAGAGGUGAAUGGAGUUCAAGAGUACCCGAGACGCCUCCAGACAAAGUCUUUGCGUCCGAAGCUGCCAAAAAGGGAAACGUCACUACUCUAAAGGACAGAGUGAUAAUAGUGGUAUCGCCAAAGUCCAUAAGAGACCUUAUGAGGAACCGCAGUGGCAAUUCUUCACAGCCACUAGUACAUAAAGGAAUACCCAUUAUGGUGGGCAACGUAAAUAGUUCUACUUCAAAGCUUAACUCCAGUCCAGACAAGACAGUAAAAACUAACGUCCAGGGACAAUUUAUCAAUUCAUCUACAAAUGGAACCAUCCACUACCAGGUCCAACAUCAACAGUCCAUUAAAUUCGCGAAUGAUUCCUCAAGCAAAGAAAACGUUACAUCGAAAAGUGAAAAUGAAGAUUUGAACAUGAUCUACAGGGACGAGCUAAAGUCGCUGGAAAUAUCAUUAUCCCGCGAAUUCAUGAGCAGCUGGAUUUACUACCAAAGAUCGUUGGACGAAAUAGGUAUCACUCCGAAAAUGCUUCGUUCUGGAAUAGCCAAUCUUGGGUCACCUCAAAGACUGAAAAGGGUCUUCAAAAAGGCUCUAGCUGGUGCUAAUCUCAAUGUGCUUGUAGUUGGUGGAUCCAUUUCGGCUGGGGGUGGGCUUGAGAAAGACCGCGGAAAUGUCGAAGGCGUUUACCAUAAGGCCUUCAGUGACUGGUGGAAUAACACAGUGACACCAAUAACUACAUCAGAGCUCAAGAUCACCACUGUUGCUAUAGGGGGUACCGACUCUGAGUAUUUUUCUUAUUGCAUCAAAAAUUACCUGAGGUCGCUUCCGGACAUUGUCAUAUGGGAGCUCGCGGCCAACGACUACAAGCGAUACCAGGGAAGAGAUUUUGCACCAGCAAAACCACUUGAGCAGUUGAUAAGGAUAAUACUGGGCCUGAGAUCGAAUCCAGCGCUGAUACUUGCAAACUUCUUCCGGGGCAAUUACUACAAGACUGCUAUUGAUCAAGACUGUCCUGAUUCUGAGGAUGAAGGUGGAGAGUCCAUUGCGCAGUAUUACAAAUUAACGUCCCUGAGUUGGAGAAACGUGAUAUGCUCCCAAGAAGAUGGCAAAGACUUAGACUUGAAAAAGCUUUUCAGCUCAGACGGUUAUCAUCCGAGCCUUCUCGGACAUGCGCAGAUGUCUGCUCUACUGAUUUCAUAUUUCAAAGGCGUCUUCGAGCAAACUAUUUCGCAGGAGAUGAUCUUAUUAACAAAUCGCACUCUACAAAAGGAAGAAGAUGAUAUUUUGCCUUCCUUGGCAGAACCGAUGUUUGACGAUCCUGUGACUCCUAAACCAUUAUGCUGGACUCUUCUGACACCAGAUUACGGUCAAAAGCUACGGAAUACUCUCCCAGAUCUCGAGUUUACCGAGGCAGCAGGUUUCCAGUUCGCAAAUAUAAGCCACUGGCCCAUACGACGCGAUCGUUUAAGAUGCUUAAAGGCAAUCCAAACAGGAGCAAUGCUGAAAAUGAGGUUUGUCGUUCCAUCUUCAGAAAAUAAAGAUGACAACAGUGGCAGCUCUAAGAGGGAGUUGGCUGUUACAACGCAUAACUCUUUCGGUGGAAUGGGAACCCUGUGGAUUGAUGGGGACCAGAAUGCUGCGAGAAUAAUAAAAGAGCAAACCGGUCAAAGGAGGACUCAAGUUGAUGUUCUGACACGGAAGUUGACACCGGGUGUGCACACAGUAACAGUCUACGCAUUGCAGCCGGGAUUUUGUCUCUCUGCUGUUGCGGUGUUGUAACAAAAGGAAAUGUGAUUUCAAACCCACAUUUUUUGUAUAAAACUGGUCACUCUACAUACAGAAAUUUAGUUUACUUUGUCUGUCUCGAAUCAUCCAAACUGGUUAUUUCGGGAGCGAGCCAAUAAUUAUUCCUGAUUACUCCGAUGCCGCAUACAGGGCUCUUUUGGGGGAAAGAGCGAUUGAGACAAGAAUCAAAGCCUUAGGAAGCUGAUAAAACCAGGAUCCAACAACUUUUUUCCUUUAUCAUGCCGAAUGAGCUAGAGGAUUUCGGGUACAGGUAAAACGAGUAACGGUUUAUUUAGUGAAUGGAAGGCCAGAUCGUACGCGUUCAGAAUAGCACGCGGUGCACACCGGCACAAGCGUGGUUCGGAACAACUCCAACUUGAACAACGCAGCUUGAUGUUUCAGUUUUACGUACAAUUUCAUCAAAAUAGCCGCCAUGUUAUUUGAUAGUCAGAUAACCUGCCAUGAGCCGCCUCUUACGGCAAAUUAUGAUACGUGCCAUGAAUAUACAUGUGAGUUAUCGGGGUUAAUAAUGAAAAUCUUCGGUACAGGAUACACGCCUGUCGUCACGACAAAAAAGAGCAAUAAAGACGCAUUUUACUGAGAUUGAUCGACGUUUGUUGUCUUUGUUUCUCACCCUUUUUUAAUAAGGAAGUAUUUGAUAAUUCUCAGAAGCUGUCAUUGUCAAAUUCAGUCAUAAUUUUGCCCAGUUGUUACUGACUAUUUGCUUAUGAGAUUUGUUUACGUUGCACUUGACAUCGGCAAAUUAUUGUGCCUUCGUUCACUGAACUUCUUAGCUACCGGUAAUAUUGUCCUUUCAAGAGUUAGAAAUCCUUCUUUUUUCCACAUGAACAUGCUAUUUUGUAUAGUCAAAUUAUUCCUUUCGUAGUUUCCAAUUUUGCCUCUCUACUCCCCAAUUUCUAAACAGACAAAGAUACAAACUGUCUUUCUGUCUGUGAAAAGUGAAUUAUAAAGUACAAUUGUCUGCAAAUGUCACUGACAUGUGGUAGAAAUCCUUCCAUUUCUACAAAGACAUGCUAUUUUGCAGCCAAAUUCAUUCGCUUUUAGUUUCCAAUUUUGUCUCUGUGGUUCCCUCAGUUUCUAAAAACCACACGAAACGAAAACUGUCUCUGUCUGUGAAAAGUGAAUAUUAUAAAGUACAAUUGUCCGCAAAUGCCACUGACACCUGUUUGAAGUCCCACGUUUCAGUGGUAUAAACAACGUAAACUCGCGAACUUCUCCAUAAAAUUUACCGGAGGAUCAGAACAUUGCGGUGCGAAAUUAACGAGACAUCCGUACCAGUCUUGUAGGUAAACUGCUACAGCAGUAAAAUUCUGAGAGAAAUUUACAUGGUUUACAAGCAAUUACUCCAGGGCCGGUAUACCACUAUUAAGGAUCCUACAGACCCGUCUGAGGACUGAAGGCAUUAACAGCGAGAUUUAUGCCAUGGGUUCUAAAGUGCAGCUGUUGAAGGAUGCAAUCGACGUUCAUUCAACACUUCGCUAUCUCCAGAGGAAACUCAACCUCGAGGGCUUUCGUUACAGACGAAUGUGUACUGAGGGCGACGAUUCCAACCCUCUAUUGGAAGCAAAAACAGCGGGAAAGGAGAGGUUGGAAGUAAACAAUGAAAUCUUCCAUUUAAGCAAAAUGGAUCCCCUUUUGAAAGACGAAAUACCACAACAAGAAAAUGCAAUUCAAAAAAACAAUUCGGAAUUCAAAGUUAAAGGAUUCCGCCACGAUGAACCACAGGAUCAGGCUUCUGGAGGAGAACCAACCCAAACAAAAACUGUUCAGAUGUUGCAAUUGGAAUCCAAACCUAGAGAUUUCUUGGACAGCAAAAGUUAUUGCCAUGAAAUUUUCAAUUCUUCUUUGGAAAUCAGGGAACUUGCCACCAGAGGAACAGUUCGCAAGGGACCAUUGGAAUCUAAGCCCAGGGGUUUACUAGACAGCAACCUCUCUUGCCACGAAUACUCAAAUUCUGUUUCGGAACUUGAAAUUCCAGGAACAUCAAUAACAGCUCAGCAGAGAGUCUCGAAAUUAAAGAAUGAAGGUUUCUUUGAAAUCAAACUUUCUCGCACUGAAAACCUGGAGCUCUCUCCGGAAUUCAGAAAAUCAAUAUCAGGGGCCCAACUUGAGAGCAACAAGUCUUGUGAGGACCGCGAUCCUCUUUCGCAAUUCAGAACUGAACCAGGUGAUACAAAAACACUUCGGAAGGAACGAUUGGAAACCAAGGUUGCAGGUUUCCUGGACAGAAAAAGUUCUUGUGACGAAAAUUCGGUGUUCACCUCUGAAGUCAGAACACCACAACUGACAAAAACAAAACCAGUUCAGCCAAAAGACUUUCAACUUAAGCCUGAAAGCAUCCAUUGCAUCAAAGAUCCUUCCAACAUACAAAAAGACUCUUUCUCAGAUGUCCCAAAACUACAACACCUUAAAACCAUUCGAUCAAAAGACUUGGAGUUCAAGCCUAAAAGCUUCCAAGACAGCAAAAAAUCUUGCCAUGAAAGCCAGGAUCCUUUUAUGCCACUGGGUAAAUCACCACUUGCCGAAACAGUUCAACCAAACAUUUUGGAAUUCAAGGCUGAUGGUGUCCAUUGCAGUAAUAGUUCUAGCCAUGAAGACUCCAAAUAUUCCUCUGGAAGAAAAGUGUCACGAAACUUGAGAAAAGCUCGUAAGAAGAAAAAAAUGGACUUCAAAUCUCAAGGUUUUCAUUACAGCGAGCUUCCCUGUAACGAAGCAAUGGAGGUGAAAAAGAAGCCGGAAAUGAAGAAACCAGUGCAAACGAAAAAAUCGACUCCAGUUCAUGCCCCGGUUUGCAAAGUCCCGAGCUGGCAGGACGAUGAAAUAGUGAGAGCAAAGCUUGCUCAACGUCGCUCUGCCGUAUGCGAUAAGAUUGAAAAAGAAUUACUGAACCAAUAUGGAAUCAGCUUGCGAAAUUUGAGGAAAUAUAUGGUUAUUGACGACAUACUGAAGGAGGUGAACUUGCUGUAACACGAAAUCAAACAUGUUCAACUGAAGCGACUGAUGCCAUUACAGAUCUGUUGCUUAAAAAAGAAAACAGAAACAAACGUUUUUUUUUUUUUGCCGUGUACGAAGAAUCUAGAGAACGACUUCAAGUAAGACAAGUCAGGUAUUGACAUCUGAAAGCGUGAAAGUUUUCUUCACUAACUUAUAACUUUUUUUUGUCAAAAACAGGUAAAAAAGAAUUAUCAGCACUGCUAAAGCGUGUGAUGCCCAACAGUUAUAUGUUGCAAUAUUGGGAAGAACUAUUCAAACAUAUUUAUUCAAAUCCGUAGACAAAAAAACACACACACACACACACACACAAAAUGGAAAAAGGAGUUUCGAAGUUUUCUCUGUGUAAAACAAAAUCCUGAUUUGUUUGAAAGACAAAUUAAGUAACUGAAUCGGCAACUUUUACAAAUGUAUGCAGGUAUACUUUAAUUCCUAAGGGUAACGAAUAUAUUUAUGUGUUCAGAAAUUCUCCUUACAGUGAAACUACAUUAACUCUCAAGCAUACAGGUAAUAAGAAUAACGAAAAAUAUUAACAAUUGUCUUAUGCAGUCAUACAUUCAAUUUCUAAGAGUAGCGAAUACAUAAACUCUCCUUACAGUAAAACAACGCUGUCAAAGAUACAGCUAGUAAUGAGAAUAACCAAAAUUAUCAACUAUAGCCCUAAAGCACUAAGCAAACAGAUUGGAGAAUUGAGCUUAACCUCGACAUAAGUCAUUGCCAAAAUUUAGUUUGUUAAACCUGUUGUUUGUUAAUUAAACUGUUUCUGUGAAAAGGUCUCUUGAAUAUCUUUAGUGAAGAUAACAGAUCUGUAACCAGACUGCGAGCAAUCUCUCUUUUGCUCGAAAAUCCGAGGGGAAGACCGCAGAGAACCGGGAGAGAAGAACGCAACACAAUUGAGCGGUCGUGAGCGAGCGAGCUCACUUGUUUUACGUCUUUCCACACGGAUUUUCGAGCAGAAGAAAGACUGCUCGCAGUCUAAACUGCCACGGCCGCUUUUUACAACACUUAUUUGUCUUAAAGACGAAUCUUUAUAUUGCUGAUGGCGUUCACAUUUUGCCUCAUUAAGCAGCGGUGGGAAAUGGUCCUUCAAAAAACACGGGUCUCGCAAACUUUUCGUCGAAUUUCACCGGGCUCGCAGUCUCGUUUUUUCAGCGGUUAUGUGCGUCUUGCUGUUUCAAUUUUUCACAAAGCUUUCUGGGAGUCUCGAUGUUUUGCAAGGCUAAGAAAGUCUCGAAUGGCCAAUUUGUUUGUUUGUUUUCAUUAAUGAUGGCCGAGUGUCUUAGUGUCUGAACAUCUUGCGCUCGCGUUUAAAACACUUUAAAGUCUCGGUCUCGCAAUUAAAAAACAACUCAAACUGAAUGCCUCGGACUCACAAAGAGUAACAGUUGUCUCACCGUCUCGCAUAGUCUCGCAUUUAUCAUUCACCUUCCCUUCAUUACCAUACGACUUCGCGCAGAGAAGGCAUCGUGCUACAUGCGAAUUGACUCCAAACAUCAAAGCAAGAACAUGCUGAAUUCCCCUACCAAAGAAGUGCUCUAGGGCACACUCCCUAUAUAAAUUCGCCCCCUUUUCAAGGCCAAAACUGACACAGCUAGAUGACUGCCGCAUUUCCUGCCCCUUCCACCUCACUUCCUUCAAAACCAUAGCCUCCGAGAAAUUUUGCAUUUUCGGGUCAGUAUUGCCUCUCAAACGUGUGGUUGUAAAAGACUUUUGACUAGUCACAAAUGCGCGGUCGUUUGAAGGACAACAACAUAAUCAGUGAUAUGACUAUAUAAAUUCGGCGUAUUUUGAAAAUCUUAAACCACGAAACCUGACUUUUCGCGUUUCUAUUUGUAGUUGAAGUCUGUCCCUAACGCUCGAGCUAUUUCUGAAGCCAACAGAUCAAUAGAAUAGCCACGAUAAGAUAUUUGUGAAAUUCUUAAGCAAAAUCCAAAUUCAAUUUUUGAACUUAGCGCUGUCCCCCCGAGUCUCCGUUUUGAAAUCUGUGUCCCACUGGAAGGUAAUUAAUUUGGUAAAUUUGGGGCGACAAGAUCCAUCUUCACAUGCAAAUUUUACUAGCAAAGUUAAAACAAUCAAUUUGCAAUGGUGUAUUCAGCCGUAGACCACUUGUCUAUGGAAAUAUCAACAUUAAUACUAAGUGGUCUGAGUAAAAUUCUGCUUCGUUUGAAAGUUAUACUGGUAAGAUAAGACAGAUUGGAAUGGACGUCCGGAUCGGACACGCCAGUCUUACAAAAGUUUUCCCAGUCUCCACAAAUCCAAACAUAUCUAUUCUGAGGCAAAAGAAACACGACUUCAUGAAAGCUUAUUACGUAACGCAUCAGUGAAAAUGGUUUCUCGUUUUGAAAUUGUCUGCAGAACGGAAGAAAACCAGAAUGAAAAAACAACAUUUUCAGCGUCGUUUCCGAAAGCGAGGUGGUAACUAUGGAAACUGUCAGAGCCAGACUUUCGUCUCCCUAAUUGUAGUAAUUCGCUGGGUAACUUUGAAGACAUUGCGUAAUAUUUGCAUUUGUAUGAUGCUGAUAUUGCUUUUUAGGAGUAAUAAAAUCUGUAAAUUUUCGCCAUAGAGUUCCAAACCGUGCCUUACAUUUUCGAAUUGGCAAGGGCAUUGAGCUUCUUGGAACUGCAUGAUUUAGUUGGCAAGGCUUAAUAACUAAGUCAGGGUACACACAAGGAAAAAAUUGAACUGAGUUUCACAGCGGAAACUACUAAGUUUCUAAGAAAAAAAAAUUGAACCAUGCUAGCUGAACCUGAGAAAACUGAAACCGCCCCUUGUGUACAUUUUAGUUUUUUGAGAACCUGUCAAGUUGUAAUAGGGGUCUUGCCAUUUGAUACCUCAAAGGCGUUAAUGUGAAAUGUUUUAAAUUCUAAAAUGUGUUCAUCAGGCCAAAAAUGUAAACAAUAUUUAAAACAGUUUGUUCUUACAUGCAGCGUCAAGAUAAUAAUGUUUUGCAUUGGCAAAAGAUAUCAAAUGCGUCUGAGUGUUUUUACAUUCUUAAGGAAACGCGAAUUUAUCUCAACAGCAAAUUUAGACUGGCGGAUUAAAGUUUUGACGGUUGUUUGUGCAAAGUAGGAGAAAACCCUUUUUAUUUAAAAGAUAUUCAUUUGUAGGAGCAGGUGUGUCCAUUGUUGUUCGUCCUUUGUUUGAUUGCUAUGCAAACCUGUCAAAUUUAAUCGCGUUUCUAGACGUCAAGAAAAAGGACACGGAGAUCCUCACAAUUCAGUCGUUCUCCUGUGUUAGUAGCCAAAGCGCUUCGACUUCCUGAUUCCGAAGGAAAUAAAAGAGUUGCAAGAGGGCUAUCGCUUGGCUUUUUUGCGCAGAGAGACACGAUGAGAACCAGAGAAGAGCAGAAUCGAAAAUUACACGGCUGCGUGUCGCGUCGGUUCAGUAUGCGCUCGCGAAGGUACAAAAAACUCGCUGCGCAAGAGGAACUCGACGAGUCGCGCGCCGCGUCGGCGAAAACUCGCGAAGAGAAUUCGCGAGCGACGACGGAAGAGUUCGACGAAUUCGCCAUGAAUCGCUUCAAAGGCUCGCGAAAGGCCGCAAAGUUUAACGCAGCUGCAGCUAUUGAGGAAGAUGAUGGACUUGACAUGGAAAAGGAAGCAUUGCCUGCACGCUGUAGGAGACACGCUAUUUGCGAAGAGAUGGAAAGGUACAUUUUGAACGACGCUGGCGUCAGUUUACGGGGCUAUCGUGAGUUGCUCGUAACACGGCGUCUUCUCUUCGAGAUGCACCUGCUGUAAAGAGGAAGUCAAGCAGAAAACACUUGCAAGUCAGGCCUACGGCAACUUGUAAACAUCUCUUUAGUUAGGACGCUUUAGAACAAAGUAAAACCCAGACUUACAGCAACAGAAAAAGCGUCGAGAGACAUCAUGCGUAACUUUGACUUUAUUAUGGAGUCAUAUGCAAGACGGCAAGUCGAAGAACUUACGCGUAACACGGUGUAGUAGUGUUAUUUGUGAUAUUGAUUAAGCUGGUAAAGUUCGAAUUGAAUUAAAGUCGAAAGAGUCGUUGAAUAUAUUAGCAAAAAGAAGGGAAAUAAGGACGUUAAAAAAUAUUUUAGCCAUUACAUUUUUGGUAAAAUUAAUUACAGAAGUCAACAAACAAAAUACUCAUAAAUUCAUCGCGUAUGGACACAGCAAAAAUUGCGUUUAAUUUAUUCUUAAAUUCAGCCUAAAUAUAUCAAUUGUAGGCAAAUUGUAAUUAUUGUAAGAAGACCUUUUCGAGGUCGAUGUAUGAAGGAAACUUGUUCAUGCUUGAAAUUAUUCUUGUAAAAAUGUAUUAUAGUUUUUCGGCUUUGAGUCCGAUUAUACUGUAAAAUUAAUGAUAAAACGCAGGCGGGGAGUCUGCGUAAAAUAAUAAAAAUACAAGGAACCCGUA